AUGCUGCGCCAUAACUUUAGUGCGCUUACGUGUGAAUCGUGUCGAUCAUUCUUUAGACGUACAGCACAUAAAGCUCAGGAAUGGAUUCUCUCCGAAGAAGAGAGACGGCAACGACUGGAGCGCCAGAAGCGGCGAAAAACCGAUGAACCCUUGGACUCGACGUCCGAUUCCUCGAGUGACGACAGGCUAGCGAUGAGAAGGUAUAGCCAAUGGAUUGUCGCCCGAAGACGAGUGGGCGAAGUGCCGGCUCUGGUCCGAGACGUGAUCUUCUCCUUCAACGAUAUGGAGAUCAAUGGGUUUCGCGAGUUAUUCGGCUCAACAGCUUUGAUGAGAGACCCGGUGUUGAAGAUCACGACUGAAACCAACACUUUGAUGGAUGCGCUCAUUGUUUUGCAAAAGAGAUGCGAUAUUAAGUGCCGCAGAAUUAUCAAAAUGUCCACAACUCUCAGCAAAUUUACCACUUUGUGCGAAGAGGACAAGAUAUGUUUGGUGAAGGCCGCCUGUCCUGAGAUUAUAUGCUUGAUAUCUGUUAUUAAUUUCCAUUUUAAUGGCGAGUUCUGGACGGUUGCCAUUGACGACGAAAAUGCCACUAUUUUACCACUCGAUGUGUUUAGAAAUGUUGACCAAACCCUAUACGAAGGCCACAGAAACUUCUUGUAUGCAAUUAGUGAAGGAUAUGAUUGUGAUGUCAAUAUCAUUGAUCUGUUAAUCGCUAUAUCGCUCUUCAACCCUAAUCGUCCAGAUUUAAUGCAUAAGGAUAUCAUAAAAUCUCAACAACAAUUGUAUAUUCAUUUGCUUCGACGGUAUUUGGAGUUAAAAUACAACUCAAUGAGUGAAACGGAGCGACGAUUCGGGGUUUUAAUGAAUAAUUUGCGACAAUUAUAUGCAGUGAAUCGGUUGUGUGUCAACACCUUUCAUACGGCAGAACCCAAAGAGGCCGGUCCUCUCGUCGACGAGAUUUUUGACAUCAAUCAACUUAUACAUUAUUUUUUGUUGAGGUUUUGGGAAAUUAAGAAAAUUUCAUUUGUCGAGAUCACAGGCAAAAACUUUGGUGCCGUUACCUGUGAAUCGUGUCGAUCAUUCUUUAGGCGCACAGCACCUAAAGCUCAGGAAUGGAUUCUCUCCGGAGAAGAGCGACAGAAACGGAAAGACAAAAAGAGACGAUUAAAUGGCACCGAAAGUCUGGUCGACUCGACCACCGAUUCCGUCAAUUCAUGCAAUUGUGGGAACAGUUGCGCUGAUGAACAGACCGUCGCCCGGAGACGAGAGGUUGAAGUGCCGUCUCUGGUCAGAGACAUGAUCUUCGCGUUCAAUGAUAUGGAAAUCAAUCACUUUCGGGAGUUAUUCAGCUCUACGUCUGUUAUGAGAGAUCCGGCGGUUGAGGUGACGUCAGAAACCACUGGUUUCAGAGAUGUGCUAAAGUGUCGGCGAAUCGUUAAGAUGUCAAAGACUUUAAGCAAAUUUACCACUUUAUGCGAAUCGGACAAAGUGUCCUUGGUUAAAGCCGCCUGUCCUGAGAUUAUGUGCCUCAUAUCUAUCAUUAAUUUUAAUUUCGAUGGCGAGUACUGGACGGUUGCCAUUGACGACAAGACGGCGACCACUUUAAAGCUCGAUAUGUUUAAAUAUGUCGGCGGAAACCUAUACGAAGCCCACAGAAAAUUUUUGCGAUCAUUGAAUACAGGAUACAAUUCCGAUGUGAAUCUAAUCGCUAUAAUACUCUUUAAUCCAAAAAUCCCAAAUCUGUCACAAAGUGAGAACGUUAAAGCUGAACAGAAGUUCUACAUGUAUUUACUUCAGAGAUAUUUAGAGCUGAAACACAGCUCGAAGACAGAAUCGGAGACACGGUUUGUGGGAUUAAUGAAUAAUUUGCAGGAAUUAUAUGCUGUGAAUCGCAUACACGUCGACAAGUUUAUAGAGAGUGAGCCCAAAGAGGCCGGUCCUCUCGUUAAUGAGAUUUAUGAUAUCAACUAA